AUGCAAGCAAAAGCAUUAUUCCUCGUCGUUCUCAUGCUCAUCUUCUCCCUUCUACACGCCUUCCCCCAAUACGCGUCAGACGAUGAUGCGGCACAAUUGGUUGGCCAAUCCGAUCUUCAUGGAUUUUACCCGGUCGCUUCCGAGGGCAGGCACAAGCUGCGAAACGCUUUCCAUGACGGCCGCCUGAAACGGGCAAUGUUCGUGGCUCGUAUCGGGAAAAGAGUCGUCAAGAGACCAUCAUAUUAUGCGGCUAGAAUUGGCAAG